AUGGGUACUUCUGCAACAAGAUAUAUCAAAAACUCCGCCCCGCCGUUCAAACAAGCAGAUGCACAUGCAGAGCUUCUAGCAUCCCUAACACGAAUCAAUGCCUACAACCCACCAGUGCAAACGUGCUCGACAGGCUGGAACUUUGGUGGAUUCUACCAAGGUCCCACAUCCGUGGCAUACCUAUUCUACCGACUCGGACAGAUCUAUGGACCGGAGUUCAACUUCAAAGGCCAGUCACUGCUAGACUGGGCUCAAGCGUACCUCGACCUGGGGAUCUUUGGUAAGCAGCAUAGCGUGGACGCGAAUCACUGUGGUAUUGCGGCAGAGGUUCUGGCUCAGCUUGCACUGCGUGCUGUCAUGGAGGAGGAUCCGAGCCUGGUGCAGAAGCUUUGCUCCUAUGAAGGUAUUGUGAAUAGCAGUGAUGCUGAGGGCUCGAAUGAAUGGCUGCAUGGGCGCGCUGGGUAUCUCUACUUACUACGCCUGGCGCGUAGCGGGUUUGAGAAUGACUCGAAGACACUGACGAUGAUCGAGAAGACCGUACAAGCGACCGUUCAGCGUAUUCUGGCUUCGAAGCAACCUUGGAUGUGGCAUGGCAAGCACUAUCUCGGCGCCGCACAUGGGACAUUUGGGACAAUCUGCCAGAUUGCACUGUCGGCUCCAAGUUCUGCCUCAUCUCUCGAACCUAUUCUCUGCCAGCUCCUCAAGACACAACUUACCAGCGGAAACUUUCCCUCUUCCACACCAGUGGGUUCCGACAAGCUCGUACAGUUCUGCCAUGGCGGACCUGGAGCAAUCAUGGCAUUGAGAUCCAUCCGACCGCACUUCCCAUCAUUAGAAGGCCAGGUCAAUACUGCCAUCGCUGAAGCACAAAGUGAUGUGUGGAGGCGUGGAAUUUUGGCGAAAGAACCAUGUCUUUGCCAUGGGACUCCCGGGAAUGCGUUGGCUUUCGAUGACGAUGAACGAUUCCAGCAUUUCAUGGCGUUGUCAGCGAGUGAGGUUCUUGAGAGCCAGGGGUGGUUGGAAGAGGCUGGUAGGAGUGAUGGGUUUGUGGGCUUGUUCACAGGAGAAGCGGGUAGAGCGUGGGCUUGUGCGGUAGCAGAGAAGGGACUGAAGAGGGCAUGCAUUGGAUUUAACGAUAUAUGA